UGCUAUAAAAAGUGUAGGAGGGGGAGAGAGAGCUGCCGUGCAGCAGGGACACUGCUCAGUCACACACAGGAUCCAGACACACACACUUGUGGACAGAGCCGCAACGUUACAGAGUUAAAAGGAAUAACCCUUGUAGAUCAAGAUGGCAGACAAAAUCAAGGACGCCAAGAUCAUCUUCGUUGUAGGUGGGCCUGGCUCUGGUAAGGGCACCCAGUGUGAGAAGGUGGUGGCCAAGUAUGGCUACACCCACCUGUCUUCUGGGGACCUGCUGCGUGCUGAGGUAGCAUCCGGCUCCGAGAGGGGCAAGACCCUCCAGGCCAUCAUGCAGAAGGGAGAGCUUGUACCCCUGGACACAGUCUUGGAUAUGAUCAAGGACGCCAUGAUUGCUAAGGCCGACGUGUCCAAGGGCUUCCUCAUCGACGGCUAUCCCCGUGAGGUCAAGCAGGGCGAGGAGUUCGAGAAGAAAAUCGGAGCCCCCUGCCUGCUGCUGUACAUUGACGCCAAGGGUGAGACCAUGGUCAAGAGGCUAAUGAAGCGCGGUGAGACCAGCGGUCGCGCUGAUGACAACGAGGAGACCAUCAAGAAGCGCUUGGACCUGUACUACAAAGCCACUGAGCCAGUCAUCGCCUUCUACACCAGUCGCGGCAUUGUCAGGAAGAUUGACUCUGAGCUGCCCGUGGAUGAAGUCUUCGGACACGUUGCCAAAGCUAUCGAUGAACUGAAGUAAAACGCAAACAUGACUGGAUAUGAAUUUGUUUUGGUCAUAUUUUUCUAAAUGUAAAUUUUAUGCCGAAAGAAGCUCAAAUCUGCUCAGUCACCUCCCACUGGGCACACACUGGUUGAAUUAAUGUUGCUUCAACGUCAUUUCAAUUAAAUUAAGUUGAACCAG